GAUGACAGAUCUGUUCACAAUUUACGUUAAGCCCAUUCUUGAAUUUAAACGACUUAACUGCGAAGAGAACGUACAAUGUGCAGAGCUGAACUUGGUCAUUUCCUGCUGCAAUCUUUUGAAUAUUUUUAUGAGCAAGGAAUUUGGAUUUAACCCGAAGAACGAAGAAAAGUUUUACGAUGCUACUAAAAGUUGGUUUUUGUUCUGUGUCAUAUGGUCCAUUUGCAGUACUACGGAUGAAGAAGGUAGAAAAAAACUGGACGCAUAUAUACGGGAACGUGAAAGCGUUUUUCCGAUUAAAGACACCAUAUAUGAAUAUUUUGUUGAACAGCCUACGUUUGGUUUUACUGCUUGGUCGGAGAAAUUGCCGUAUGCAUGGCGAUACGAACAAGGAUGUCCUUUCUACAAAAUCACCGUUCCAACAGUCGACACCAUACGAUACGACUUUUUAUUGAAAUCUCUCUUGAUUAACGGAUAUCCGGUAUUGAUGACAGGUCCUGUGGGCACUGGAAAAUCUUCGGUUGCUCAUUCUGCACUCGCUGCUUUGGACACUGAAAAAUAUACGAUCCUAAAUGUCAAUAUGUCAGCGCAAACUUCUUCGAACAACUUACAAGAUUCUAUAGAGAGUCGGCUCGAGAAACGAACAAAAGGUCAUUAUGCUCCACCACGAGGCAAAAAACUGGUAUCAUUUUUGGAUGAUAUGAAUAUGCCCGCCAAAGAAACGUACGGUUCCCAGCCUCCUUUGGAGCUUCUACGACAAUGGAUCGACUAUGGUUUUUGGUAUGACAGGGCAAAACAGGCUAGAAAAUAUGUCGAAAUGAUGCACGUGAUAGGAGCUAUGGGACCACCAGGUGGUGGCAGAAACGUAAUAUCAGAACGACUGCUCAGUUGCUUUAAUGUUAUCAAUAUGACGUUUCCUGAAGAUGAAACAUUAUCAAGGAUCUUUGGUACCAUGCUUGGGCAACAUCUAACAGAUUUUGAUGAGAUGGUCAAAUUGGUCGGAAGAGAAAUCACAGAAACAACAAUCGAUCUCUACAAGAACGUUAUCGUGAAGAUGCUUCCAACACCGGCCAAAAUGCACUAUCUCUUUAAUUUGAGAGAUAUUUCCAGAGUCUUUCAAGGAAUGUUGCGGAGCCAUAAAGACUAUCAGAAUGACAAAUCUACGUUGCUCAGGCUGUGGAUACACGAAUGCUACCGAGUGUUUUAUGACAGACUGAUCGAUGAACACGAUCAGGAAUGGUUCACUAAUCAAAUGAACGAACAGUUAGGCCGUCAUUUUGAGCUGACGUUACACAGUCUCUGUCCCCAAAAACAAAUACCAGUCUACGCGGAUUUCGUGAAUCCGUACCAGGUAUACGAAGAAUUCACCGAUUUCACAGUUUUGAGACAGUUCCUCGAUCAACAAAUGGAAGACUACAACGUGUCACCAGGUGUUGUGCGAAUGAACUUGGUUUUGUUUAAGGAUGCUAUUGAGCAUAUUUGCAGAAUAGUCCGGGUUAUUUCUCAACCGAGAGGCAAUAUGCUGCUUAUAGGAAUAGGUGGUAGUGGUCGAACAUCCCUAACAAGAAUCGCCGCGUAUAUCUGCGAGUUCGGUACCUUUCAAAUUAACAUAACGAAGAAUUACAAGGUUUUCGAUUUAAAAGAAGACUUGAAGAAUCUCUACGCCUUAACAGGUGUGAACUUGAAACCUCAGGCGUUUAUAUUUAACGAUACUCAAAUUACAGUAGAAAGCUUCUUGGAAAUUAUUAAUAAUAUGCUUAGUAGCGGCGAAGUUGCUAAUUUGUACAAACCAGACGAAUUUGAAGACGUAAAAAGGCAGCUGGAGACUGCCAUCAAUAAAUACAACAUUUUACUCACAAAUGAAGCCAUCUACGAGUUUCUGGUGAGCAGAGUUAGGGCGAAUAUGCACAUUGUCCUUUGUAUGAGCCCCAUUGGAGACGCUUUCAGGAACCGCCUCAGACAGUAUCCUGCUCUAAUCAACUGUACCACCAUCGACUGGUUUCAGGAGUGGCCACAAGAGGCUCUUCUAGAGGUGGCGAAUAAAUACAUCGCCGACGUCAAUUUUGUUCAAACGAUAACUGGAGAAGAAGCGACCAAGAGACGAGAUUCUUUGAUCUUGACAACUCAAGAUAAAAUGCGCCUUGCAGUUUCAACAGUAUUUGCCACAAUUCACGGCUCUGUAGCGGCGUUUUCUAAAAAAAUGAUGCGAGAAAUUAAAAGGCACAACUAUGUAACACCCACAAAUUAUCUGGAGUUGGUAGCUGGUUACAAAAAAAUGUUAGCGACAAAAAGAGAAAAUAUAGCUUCACAAGCCAACAAAUUGAGGAAUGGUUUAUUUAAAAUUGACGACUGCAAAAACAAAGUGUCAACCAUGUCUAUAGAAUUAGCGGAAGCCCAAGUUCAGGUAGCGGAAUUCCAACAACAGUGCGACGAAUACCUAGUCAUCAUUGUCACCCAAAGAAAAGAAGCUGAUGAUCAACAAAAAGAAGUUACAAAGACAAGCAUCAAAAUCGGAGAAGAAGAAAUCCAAUGUAAACGACUAGCUGAACUAGCUCAGGCCGAUUUAGACGAGGCUAUGCCUGCCCUAGAAGAAGCAAUAAGGGCGUUGGAUGCUUUAAGUAAAAAGGAUAUUAGUGAGAUGAAAUCUUACCAAACACCGCCACAAAAGGUCAAGAUGGUUAUGGAAGCUGUUAAUAUACUAGUUGGGAUUGAACCUAAUUGGGAAAAUGCCAAGAAACUAUUGGGAGGUAUGAAUUUCUUGCAAGAUUUAAAAGAUUUCGACAAGAACCACAUAUCCGAAAAAACGUUGAAGAAAAUCGCUACCUAUACAAUGAACGAAGAAUUCAUCCCUGAUAAAGUGGGCAUAGUGUCUUUUGCAGCCAAAUCUCUGUGUAUGUGGGUCAUAGCCAUCGAGAAAUAUGCGAAAAUUUGGAAGAUAGUAGGUCCGAAGAAAGCCAAACUGGACGAAGCUUUGGAGUCACUCCAAGAAAAACAGAGGCAGCUCGCGGAAGCUCAGGCCAAAUUGGCUGAGUUGAAUUUGUAUCUUCAGAAAUUGCAGAAAGAAUACGAGGAAAAACUGCUGCAGAAAGAGGAAUUAAACAGAAAGGCAGAACUACUAAAGUUAAAGCUAGAAAGAGCAGCAAUGCUGGUAGAAAAUCUCUCUGGCGAAAGAGAAAGAUGGAGCGAAACUGUUACAGUCCUAGAUGACCAGUUCAUCAUGUUGCCAGGGGACUGCCUAUUAGCUACAGCGUUCAUUUCAUAUCUGGGCCCUUUUCUAUCAAAUUACAGAGAAGAAUUACUAGAUUUAUGGCAAUCUGAGUGCCGCGAGCAAGAAAUUGUUUUCACAACAGAUUUUAAUAUAAUUCAUUUUCUAACUGAUCCCACCACGGUACGUGAAUGGAAUAUCCAAGGAUUACCUGCUGACAAUUUUAGUACUGAAAACGGUAUCUUAAUUUGCGAAGGAAACAGAUGGCCGUUAGUGAUAGAUCCACAGUGUCAGGCGCAAAAAUGGAUCAAAGCCAAAGAAGAACAGUUUAAUUUGCAGGUUUUUGAUCUCCGAACUGCCGGCUAUAUGUCAAUAGUUGAAAGAGCCGUCCAAUUCGGUUUUCCAGUGUUACUUCAAAACAUCGGAGAAACAAUAGAUCCAUCUUUGGAACCCAUCUUAGCCAAGGCGAUAGUAAAAUCCGGAGGUGAACUACUCAUCAAACUCGAAGACAAACUAGUGUCGUACCACACUGAUUUCAGAUUUUUUAUUACCACCAAACUGACCAACCCACACUAUCCGCCUGAGAUAUGUACCAAAGCGACUUUGGUCAAUUUUGCCGUUAAAGAACAAGGUUUGGAGGGCCAACUGCUGGGAAUUGUGGUCAGGAAAGAGAAACCGCAACUGGAAGAACAAAAAGAUGAAUUGGUAACGGCCAUCGCAAAAGGUAAAAGGACUUUAAUGGAUCUAGAAAACGAGUUGUUGAGGCUACUUGCCGAAUCUCGCGGAUCACUUUUGGAAGAUGCAGAACUAUUUGAUACUCUACAAGUAUCUAAAGCUACUUCCGAAACAGUGAAGCGAAGUUUAGAGAUAUCUGAAACCACCGAAGUGCAGAUUGAUGCUGCAAGAGAGGGCUACAGACCGUCAGCAAACAGAGCCUCCAUUUUGUUUUUCGUAUUAAACGAUAUGGGCCAAAUAGAUCCAAUGUACCAGUUCGCGCUAGAUGCCUAUAUUCUUCUAUUUCUAAAUUCGAUAAGCCGUAGUCCAAAAUCCAAUGAAUUAUCAGAGAGGAUCACUCUUAUGAACGAAUACCAUACCUAUGCAGUAUACCAAAAUACUUGCAGAGCACUUUUUGAACACCACAAACUGCUGUUUUCCUUCCAUAUGUGUAUGAAAAUACUAAACGCCCAAGGGAAAAUUGUCAAAGGCGAAUACGAUUUUCUGCUAAAAGGUGGCGUCGUAUUGGAUAGAACAAAGCAAGUGGACAAUCCAUGCUCUGCAUGGCUUAGUGAAAUUGCCUGGGAUAACAUUACUGAAUUGGAUAAACUUCAAGGUUUUCACGGAGUCAUCGAUACAUUUGAGCAGUAUCAGAGAGAUUGGAAUCAAUGGUAUAUACACACUGAACCCGAAACUCUACCAUUAAUAGGAGAAUGGGAUGGAAUCUGCAACGAAUUCCAAAAAAUGCUGUUCAUCCGAUCCCUGCGUCAAGACCGUGUGUCGUUCGCUCUAUCGAAUUUUAUAGUCAACCAACUAGGACCUCAAUUCGUUGAACCUCCCGUAUUAGACAUAAAAGCCGUUCUGGAAGAAUCGUCUCCCCAAACACCGUUGAUAUUUGUUUUGUCUCCUGGUGUUGACCCGACUCAGUCAUUAAUACAACUAGCUGAGCUGGCAAAUAUGAGUUCGAGAUUCCAGUCUAUAAGUUUGGGGCAGGGACAGGCGCCAAUUGCUACCAAGUUACUACAGAUGGGAGCUAAAGACGGACAUUGGGUUUUCUUAGCGAACUGUCAUUUGUCUCUAAGUUGGAUGCCGAAACUGGACAAAAUCAUAGAAAUGCUUCAAUCAGGUAAAGUUCACAGCCAUUUUAGAGUAUGGCUUAGCUCAAGUCCGCAUCCAGAGUUUCCAAUAUCCAUUCUCCAAGCUGGAAUUAAAAUGACCACUGAACCACCCAAAGGUCUUAAGGCGAAUUUAAAGAGAUUAUACCAACUAAUAUCUGAGGAUCAGUUCACAGCUUGUCAAUAUCCAGAAAAAUACAAGAAGUUGUUGUUUUCUUUGUGCUUCUUCCACGCUAUAUUGUUGGAAAGAAAAAAGUUUCAACAACUUGGUUGGAACGUCAUUUAUAGCUUUAAUGAUUCAGAUUUUCAGGUAUCCGAAAACCUUUUAACGAUAUACUUAAACGAGUACCAGGUAACCCCUUGGGACGCCCUUAAGUACCUAAUAGCUGGCGUCAGUUAUGGAGGCCACGUUACCGACGAUUGGGAUCGAAGAUUGCUGACAACUUACAUUAAUCAAUAUUUUUGUGAAGAUGCUUUAAGCAUCGCUUAUUUUAGAUUAUCGUCAUUAUCCACAUACUACAUCCCAAGAGACGGUUCCAUCCAGUCUUACCUCGAUUAUAUAACUCUCCUGCCCAACGUAGACAGACCAGAAGCAUUCGGGCAGCAUCCAAACGCAGACAUAACGUCUCUAAUCAAUGAGUCUCGAAUGCUAUUCGAAACGUUAAUGUCUCUUCAAGUACAAACUGCCGCUGAAGGUGACCAAUCGAAAGAACAAAAAGUGCAUGAGCUGGCCGACGAUGUGUUGAGUAAGUUGCCCAAGACUAUCGACUACGAAAACACAGAGAAGUUAAUGGGAGCUCAUAAAACCCCCUUGGAUGUGGUGCUUUUACAAGAAAUUCAAAGAUAUAAUACACUCCUACUAGUGAUCCAAACCUCAUUGGAAGAUUUGGGACGAGGAAUACGAGGUUUGGUAGUUAUGUCAUCGGAAUUGGAAGAAAUCUUUGAUUGCAUAUUUGACGGGAGAGUUCCGUCUUCUUGGCUAACUGCUUAUUCGUCAUUAAAGUUAUUGGGAAGUUGGACCAGAGACCUUGUGGCACGCGUUGAGCAUUUCAGUGUGUGGGCUAAAACGCUUCGUCCGCCGUUGUUCUUUUGGCUUGCCGCUUAUACAUUCCCCACCGGAUUUUUAACUGCUGUGCUUCAGACAACAGCACGUGCCGCAGAAGUACCAAUUGACACCUUAGGAUGGGAUUUCACCGUAUUAACAAUCGAAGAACAGAUGAUCCAAUUACCUCCAGAGAACGGCGUUUACGUCAAAGGGACGUUUUUGGAAGGAGCAGGUUGGGAUAAGAAAAACGCUAUGCUAAUCGAGCCGCAACCUAUGCAACUCGUAUCUUACAUGCCGCUGAUUCAUUUCAAGCCGGUGGAACAACUCAAAAAGAAAACUAAGGGUCUAUAUCAGUGUCCAUGCUACUACUUUCCGAUAAGAACAGGAUCUGCUAAUAGACCGGCAUUCGUAGUUGCUGUUGACUUGAGAGUAGGUCUUGAAUCUUCAGACUUUUGGAUUAAACGAGGUACCGCAUUAUUGUUAAGUUUGGCCAAUUAG